AGCAUAACAAUUCUGCUGGACAUGUUCCCUUCAUUUCUUCGGACAAAGCGCCUUUCUGUGACGAUCGCCAUUUGUUUGUCAUUCUAUGUCCUUGGCCUUGUAUAUGUGACACAGGCUGGGAUUUACUGGAUCAACUUACUUGAUCAUUUCUGUGCCGGGUGGAUUCUCAUGACAGUGGCUCUUCUGGAACUCAUCGGCCUGGGCUGGAUCUAUGGGGUGAACAGAUUCAUCAGGGACAUUGAGACGAUGAUUGGGGAGAAGGAUUGGAUGUUCUGGCUGUGGUGGAGAGUGUGCUGGUGUUUUAUCUCACCGUGCUUGUUGGUGGUGGUCUUAGCUUGGUCUUUGGUCACAUUCACCCCACCAACAUACGGACUCAUCGAGUACCCCACCUGGGCAAUAGCUCUCGGCUGGUGUACAAUCAUCUUCAGCAUUAUGUGGAUCCCCAUCAUUGCCAUUGUGAAAGUUGUCCAAGCUGAGGGCUCCACAUUGUACCAGAAGAUUUCUGCUGCUUGUGUGCCAGCACCUGAUUGGGGUCCAUACUUGGAACAGCACAGAGUGGAAAGAUACAGAAAUAAUCCAGAUUUGCAGAAGCUCUAACAGUGUUAUACCUCUUGCUGCAUUUAAGACAUGAAAAUUUAAGGCAAAUUUUCUGUUUGCAUUGAACUUGAAAUUCACAUCAUAAAUUAAGUGGAAGGUCUUCACAACAGAUUAUUAUUCUACUGGUUAUACGGCUUCCUGAGUUUCCAAAAAAAAUUUUCCUGAGAAAAAAGUUUCCAAAAGCACCAAAGUGCUUUUAUCACAAAAGGGGAUACUUUAAUAUAGUUCAGAGAUACAGCACGGAAGUAGGCCCUUCGGCACACCACCGACCACAAAUCACCCAUUCACAUUAGUUUUAUAGUAUUCCAUUGUCCCAUCCCUCUACACUGGGGACAAUUUAAAGAGGCCAAUUAACCUACAAACCUACAUGACUUUUGAGCCAUGGGAGGAAAACCAUGCAGUCAUGUGGAGAACGUGCAUCUUCACACAAACAGCACCCGAGGUCAGGGUUGAACCAGGUUUCUGAUGCUGUGAGGCAUCAGCUCUGCCAGCUGCGCCACUGUGCUGCCCAGGGUUGAUAGAUUGAGUGUUGUUGCUCUGAGUACCAAUGAUCAGAAUGAUGAGAAAAAUUGUGCUUUCAGAAGAGUUUAUUGCAUUUACAGGUCUUUUAUGUACAGCAAGUAAGAAUUUCAAAUAUUAACUCCACCAGAAUUUCCAUUGGUUAACUAUGCCUAAUUCAGUAACUUUCUGUGAAUCUCUGCACAGCAGAAUAAUUUUGUACAUUCAAUUCUACAGUUGCUUGAUUUUGGAAAACUAUUAAAACUGCGUGGCUCUUUCUACCAGUUCUGCUCUAACUGAUAAAACUUCUCUUUUGAUAAGUAAGGAGAGGGAAGAAUUACAUUUCAUGUUUUUCUUCACUCCUUACAAUGCUAUGUACGACAGUGAUCGCAAUUUCAACUGAAGUGUGGAUGGCUGUUGGCUCACUAAAAGCUCAUCCGUCCUUUGACAGGUCUUGUUUUUUUGGUCCUGCUGAGGUCCACAGCCCCCUCCUAGCAAACCAGAUGUGGGAGACUGUUUAGUCGCUGACUAUCCGACCAUGGAGCAGGUAGCAUGGGAUUACAUAGUACCCGUGGCGGGGAGAACUUCCCCCGACCUGACCAGUUCUGCUCUACUGAGUGAGCAAACUCUGAGACACAAUGAACUGCAGAUACUGGAAUCCUGCAUAGAACACAAUGUGCUGGAGUAUCACAGUGGGACAGGCAGCAUCUCGGGGGGACAUCAAUAGGCAAAGUUUUGGGUGGGAACUCUUCAGUCUCAUCCCAACACGUGGCCUAUUAAUGUUCUCCACAGAUGAUGCUUGACCCACUGAGAUACUCCAGCACUUUGCAUUCUGAGUGACCUCUGAACAGGUUUGUCCUGUACAUGAGCCAGGUGUCCCAGUGCGAAGAAGAUGCCAAAAUUAGGAAACGCACUUGUUGCACAGUUCACAACACAGACAGUACUGGUAUCCCUGUAGCAUUUGUUGGGAGAGUUUGCUGUAUGAUUUCAGUAUAUAUAUCAGCAUAACUCACUAUGAGAGAAUAAAGUGUGUGAAGAUUCAAAUAAAAAUGUCAGAUGUUGGAAAUAAAAACAGAAAACGAUGGAAACACUCAGUAGGUCACGCAGAUUGUAUGGAAAGAGAAAUAGUCAACUAACCUUCAACACCAGUGCUUCUCAGGCUUGUGUGCUCAGUCUACUUGGACACCUAUGUCUGUGUGGCCAAAAACAUCACCAACUCCAUCUUGAAGCUCGCCGAUGAAACCACUGUCCUCAGUGGGAUCAACAAAAACAAAGAUAUGAAGUACAGAAUAAAGAUUGUGAAAGCCUGUGUCAUGAUUCAAGACACAACCUAGUACUUAUUGUGAGCAAUACAAAAGAGUUGGUUGUCGUCCUAAGAAGUGAGGUGGUAAACACAACCCUCCAGCUGCUGCAGAGAUGGUUAACAACUUUAUGUUUCUUGGCCUCAUCUCAACGUCCACAUCUCAAGCAACCUAAUCUGUUCACUUCACAUUGAUGUGAUCAAGGAAGUUGCACCAAUACUUCAACAAGUCAAACAGAUGGUUGACAUCAUUUAUUUGCACUUUGAUCUUGGAUACGACAUUUUACUUGGAUACAACGUUUGACAAAGUCCCAUAAGGAAGACUGAUCCAAAAGAUUCGAACCCUUGGGAUCUAGUGUAAGUUAGCUAAAUGGACCUAAAAUUGGUCUAGCAAUAGGUGGUGUACAGCAAUGGUUUUAGUCAUUCGAAGUGGUGCCUCAUAGGAAUCUGUUCUGGAAGCUAAACGUUUGUUAUAUUCAGUGACAAUUUGGAAAUUAAUUUAGGACAAAAAUAGUGGUGUUGAUAGGAGGAAUGACAGUAUAAUGAGAUCAGCAGGAUGUUGCAGAAGGUCACCAGGAUGUUGUCUGAGAUGGAGCACUUAAUAUUAAUGAGGGAAGUAUGAGGGAAUUGAAUGCAACAUCUCCAAGUUUGCGGAUGACACGAAGCUGGGGGGCAGUGUUAGCUGUGAGGAGGAUGCUAGGAGGCUCCAAGUUGACUUGGAUAGGUUGGGUGAGUGGGCAAAUGCAUGGCAGAUGCAGUAUAAUGUGGAUAAAUGUGAGGUUAUCCACUUUGGUGGCAAAAACAGGAAAGUAGACUAUUAUCUGAAUGGUGGCCGAUUAGGAAAAAGGGAGAUGCAACGAGACUUAUGUGUCAUGGUACACCAGUCAUUGAAAGUAGGCAUGCAGGUGCAGCAGGCGGUGAAGAAAGCAAAUGGUAUGUUAGCAUUCAUAGCAAAAAGAUUUGAGUAUAAGAGCAGGGAGGUUCUACUGUUGUUGUACAGGGUCUUGGUGAGACCACACCUGGAAUAUUGCGUACAGUUUUGGUCACCUAAUCUGAGGAGAGACAUUCUUGCCAUAGAGGGAGUACAGAGAAGGUUCACCAGACUGAUUCCUGGGAUGGCAGGACUUUCAUAUGACGAAAGACUGGAUAGACUCGGCUUGUACACGCUAGAAUUUAGAAGAUUGAGGGGGGAUCUUAUAGAAACUUACAAAAUUCUUAAGGGGUUGGACAGGCUAGAUGCAGGAAGAUUAUUCCCGAUGUUGGGGAAGUCCAGAACUAAGGGUCACAGUUUAAGGAUAAGAGGGAAGUCUUUUAGGAUCGAGAUGAGAAAAUCAUUUUUUACACAGAGAAUGGUGAAUCUGUGGAAUUCUCUGCCACGGAAGGUAGUUGAGGCCAGUUCAUUGGCUAUAUUUAAGAGGGAGUUAGAUGUUGUCCUUGUGGCUAAAUGGAUCAGGGGGUAUGGAGAGAAGGCAGGAAUGGGAUACUGAGUUGGAUGAUCAGCCAUGAUCAUAUUGAAUGACGGUGCAGGCUCGAAGGGCCGAAUAGAAACAUAGAAACAUAGAAAAUAGGUGCAGGAGUAGGCCAUUCGUCCCUUCGAAUGGCCUAGUCCUGCACCUAUUUUCUAUGUUUCUAUGUCUAUGUUUUUAUGUUCAUGACGAGGAGCAACUGGCUCGGUUGGGUUUGUUUUUCUUUAAAAAUUAAGAAACGUUUCCCCUUAGCAAUGCAAUCUAGAUGCAUAAGUUUAGAAUAAAUAGUAAGAUGCAUGUUUAGAAUAAGUAGUAAGACUGUUAGAGUGGAUAUGAAGACGUCUUUUCACCCGCAAGGAGGUUAGAAUGAAGCAUAAUGCCUGAGUGUGUAGCAGCAUAUAAUGUCACACUUAAGAAAUAUCUCAGGGAGCGCUUGAAUCCCUAAGGCAUAGAAGGGUUUGAUUUUUUGGAUAUGGUGGGCCGACAGUCUUGCUUCUUUGUUGUUUAACUCUAAUGGGAAAUGGUGAGUGCCUGCAAUACCCUGCCUGAGAGAGUGGUGGAAGCAGACACUUUGUAUUACAUGAUGGUCAGCAAGUCACACAGUGGGAGGAUGCCGAACACAAGUGUGGCUUCAAGACCCCACACUCCAUUUGGAAUGAACAUUGAAUUCUGCAACUUCACGUAAACUGCUCUCUCAUUGUUUCCCAUUACAUGCGUUCCUUUCUUGCCCACUUUCUCACCCAACUCCGCCGUGAUGGUCAGUACUCCUAUUCCUUAUUACCCGAUUUGCCUUAACUAAACUCAU